UUCGAUUUUGGAAGGCUCGCCCCGGAGCCCACACCAAGGCUGGGGCCGAGGAUUGGCUGUUCCGGAGCUGGGGAGCGCGUUCUCCGGGGAACAGUGGCUGCGAUCGAGGUGGCCCGGGCCGGCUCGGGCAACCAGAGCACCCACGAUGGGCACCCCUGCCUCUGUGGUGAGUGAGCCGCCACCUUGGCGGGCCCCUACUGAGGCCCGGGGCCGCAAGCAGGCCGCAGCCAACAUCUUCCAGGAUGCCGAGCUGCUGCAGAUCCAAGGCUUGUUUCAGCGCAGUGGGGACCAGCUGGCUGCGGAACGGGCACAGAUCAUCUGGGAGUGUGCGGGGGACCACCGUGUGGCCGAGGCCCUGAAGAGGCUGCGCAGGAAGAGGCCCCCACGGCAGAAACCCCUGAGCCACUCACUACACCACUGCAGCCGGCUCAGAGUCCGGGAGCCCCGCUCUCCACUGGCCGACCCACAGAGUAGUGCCACGGAGACAGCCUCCAGUGAGCAGUAUCUGAACUCUAGGAGGACAAGCGCCAGGAUCCGCCGGAACUGGAGGAAGCCAGGCCCCACAAACUACCUCCACCAGGUUAGACACUGAUGGAGGAAAGGCCGGGAAUGGCAGUGUCUUCCCCAGAAGUCAAAGGGACUUUUGCCAAAGUGCCUGGGGAGGCGAAGAAGGAAGAGACUUGAAACCGGCAGCCCUUCGUGGGUAUAUGAAAAGAAGAGACCACUGCCACUGGUCUGCUCAGUUCAGAACAGGACUGGAGGCUUCCACUGGGCUCUCUGUUACGUGGGACCCAUUCGUCAU